AUGGGCUUCCCUGGCGAAUUACAAUUUUGGCACGUGCACGCAGAUGCUUCUUCCUUUAGCCAGAAUGCUACUAAGCAAGAGGUAUACGAACAGGUGCUUGAAUCUUCUAUAGCUCUAUUCGAGGGCCAACGAAAUUGGGUCGCGAAUCUGGCCAAUGCUGCCAGUUUGCUAUGGCACGGCUUCCAUUCAUUGCCAUCACCCUCCAAUAAGGUGAAUUGGGCAGGUUUCUACGUUUUGGAUCCAAACACUAGUAAUCAACUCAUUCUCGGACCCUUCCAAGGCAAAGUUGCUUGUCAGACGAUUCGAUUUGGCAAAGGUGUUUGCGGUCAAACUGCCCUACAAGCAGAAACUGGUCUUGUGAAGGAUGUCCACACGCACCCUGACCACAUUGCCUGCGAUUCCCAAACAAAGUCUGAGAUUGUGGUACCUAUCAUUGCUGAUGGCAAGGUCGUCGGGGUGAUUGACAUUGAUUGCGAGGAGCUAGAAGGGUUUGACGAAGAAGAUCGAAAGUACCUGGAGCAGUACGCUGCUUUGCUGGCGAAAUCUUGUAACUGGUAGAUCAGUAUGGAACCGAGAGACCCGUGCUUCUCCCACAACGCUGUCCUAAUGAGAGUGCCAUAUCCCAGAUAGAACUAGAUUGGAUUGCUUUCGUAAUUGCAUCGGACCACGCUUGACUGCCCCCG